CAGGCAGGGGGGCGGUUCGGAAAAAUGACUCAGUAAGUCGAGGGCGCCCGCUCCGGCCAGCGCUGCGCCUCCCGCCCGCGCCCCGGGAUGUAUUCGACCCCGCUCUGCCUGACCCAGGAUGAGUUCCACCCGUUCAUCGAGGCGCUGCUGCCGCAUGUGCGCGCCUUCGCCUACACCUGGUUCAACCUGCAGGCGCGGAAGCGCAAGUACUUCAAGAAGCACGAGAAGCGCAUGUCCAAGGACGAGGAGCGCGCGGUGAAGGACGAGCUGCUGGGCGAGAAGGCCGAGGUCAAGCAGAAGUGGGCGUCCCGGCUGCUGGCCAAGCUGCGCAAGGACAUCCGGCCCGAGUGCCGCGAGGACUUCGUGCUGGCCAUCACGGGCAAGAAGGCGCCGGGCUGCGUGCUGUCCAACCCCGACCAGAAGGGCAAGAUGCGGCGCAUCGACUGCCUGCGCCAGGCCGACAAGGUGUGGCGGCUGGACCUGGUCAUGGUCAUCCUGUUCAAGGGCAUCCCGCUGGAGAGCACCGACGGCGAGCGCCUGGUCAAGGCGGCGCAGUGCGGCCACCCGGUGCUCUGCGUGCAGCCGCACCACAUCGGCGUGGCUGUCAAGGAGCUCGACCUCUACCUGGCCUACUUCGUGCGCGAGCGCGAUGCAGAGCAGAGCAGCAGCCCCCGUGCGGGCAUGGGCUCUGACCAGGAGGACAGCAAGCCCAUCACGCUGGACACAACUGACUUCCAGGAAAGCUUUGUCACCUCUGGCGUGUUCAGUGUCACAGAGCUCAUCCAAGUGUCCCGGACACCCGUGGUGACUGGAACAGGACCCAACUUCUCCCUGGGGGAGCUGCAGGGUCACCUGGCCUACGACCUGAACCCAGCCAGCACCGGCAUGCGGAGAACGCUCCCGAGCUCCUCCUCCAGCGGGAGCAAGCGGCACAAAUCAGGCUCCAUGGAAGAAGACGUAGAUACGAGCCCCGGCGGCGAUUACUACACCUCGCCCAGCUCUCCCACGAGUAGCAGCCGCAACUGGACGGAGGACAUAGAAGGAGGCAUCUCAUCACCUGUGAAGAAGGCAGAGAUGGACAAGUCGCCUUUCAACAGCCCGUCCCCACAGGACUCACCCCGGCUCUCAGGCUUCACGCAGCAUCACCGGCCGGUCAUUGCGGUGCACAGCGGCAUGACCCGGAGCCCGCACCCGUCCUCGGCGCUGCACUUCCCCACCGCGUCCAUCCUGCCCCAGACGGCCUCCACCUACUUCCCGCACACGGCCAUCCGCUAUCCACCACACCUCAACCCCCAGGACCCACUCAAAGAUCUCGUCUCGCUGGCCUGUGACCCGGCCAGCCAGCAGCCUGGCCCGCCGACUCUCCGCCCGGCGCGGCCCCUGCACACCGUUCCUUUGUGGGAUUAGCGCCAAGGGAUCCGGCGGGCAAUUAUCAGGCGCAGUCCUGGUAUCUGGGCUAAGCUCAGAGCUCGCCCCACGACCUCGAGGUCACCCCUGGCGUCCUGGGGCCCUCGGGCGCUCUGCGACCCACGUUUUUGGUGGAAAGUGAGAGCGAGCGAGAAGCCCCAGCGCGGCCACAAAGACAAAACCCAGACACACAGGAGGAAACACAUAGGAAAAAAAAAAGGAGAGAAAGAAAACGGGGGAAAAGGAAAAGAGAGAGAAAGAGAGAGACACGAACUGGGAAAAGAGGAAGAAGAGAGACCCUCGUGCCCGCUGCCCGCCCGGCUGGGCACCCCCCGGCUUCGCCUAAGUUAUUCAUCUCUGCGGCUGCCUGCCCGGACCAGGUGAGCGCGCUGGCCCUGCUGCCACCACUGCCGGCCCGGGACGGGACGGGACCGGACCGGACGCCCUGCUGCCCCGUGGUGGCUGGUGCCCGAGGCCAGGGCCGCAGUCGUGGACCCUGUAGGGCAGGGACGUGAUGGGGGGCAAUGCCGAGGGCGUUGGGCGGAGACUUUCUCGGCAGCUCAGUCCAUCCCAUGGGGGGGCAGCAGGUGGACGCGCAGGACUCCGCUGCUGCGCUGGGACUGGACCGCCCUGGAGUGGACAGGCCCGGCCACCUCUAUGCAAUUGACCCGCCCCCGGCCCGCGGAGGCCACGCCCACCCAGCGGAGGCCACGCCUCUAGCCCGCGGGGCCACGCCCCAUCACCGAGGCCACACCUCCGCCCGCGGGGCCACGCCCCAGCUCCGCCCCCGGGAGGGGCCACUUGCACAGACUCUUGAGAAAUGCACUUUCUGAGGCCGGGGCGGGCGUGGGGGGCUGCGAGUGGGGGCGCCGUGUCCCCCGAUGUUGCCCCUGGAAGUGGGAGGUGAGAGCGAGUGGUCUAAGUGCCUGAAUCCCAUCGCCCGCACUCCCUUUGCCCAGCUGGGAACGGAGGCCCCCCAACCCCGAAACACACCCCCACUGCGCCUCCCGCCCCUCAGCUGCUGUUGUUCCCCUCCCCGAACCCCCAGCCCCCUCCCCGAGCUAGAGACGUGGAACUCCCGCGGGGUCCGAGGGGCAGAGCCGGGCGCCAGGGAGGUGGGCGGUGGGGGACGCCGGGCACCCUUUCGCCUGCCCUGCUAGUGCCUUACGCCCUGGAGCUCCGGACUGUCCCCGUGAGCCCCGGCCCCAGCGGGGGGCCGCGGUUUGCACUUUGACCUUCCCCAGAGUGGGGUGCGGCCAGGAAGGGGCCUGGCAGCUGGGGGCCCCAGGAGCGGGUGGGUGUGGGGGGCUGCAAGGAGAGGCCUGCGCCACACAGGGGUAGGGGUGGUGUGGGGGCUCUGCGUUUUCCGUUCUGUUUAAAACACUAAAGCUGGGGACACCGUCCACCGCCCCACCCCGGGUUGGCCCCCUCGAAGAUGCAGCUAGGCGGAUCAUAGAUCCCAAAUUCGGGGCAACCCCCAGCUGCGCCCCCGCGGUCCCUUCCCUCCUUCCUCGCCACCCUGCUACCAUGCCCUGCCCAGGGGUCCUGUGCUCUGCUCCCAGCCUGGCCCUGAGGCCUGGCCAUCUUCAACCCCUCCCUGGAGACCUGUGUCUCCUCCCGAACUAGCCCCUGGGGGGCUUGGCGAACCCCCAGAAAGAGAAAGACUGGAGACCCAGCCCCACCCCUCCUCCCCAACGGUGGGGGGGAACACCCGCCCUCUGUAUGUUGAACCCCUGGGACCCCACCUGUCAUUGGAGGGACCCCAGGGCCAGAGCGAGCGGGUUCCAGAACCUUCUCGGCCCGCAGCCUUAUGGGGCAGGAGGGGUGCCCGGCGACCCCAGAGAAGGAACUUUGCAUGGUGCUCCCGAGUCCCGGCUGCGGCCAGCUCGCUCUCUCGCCUCGCUCGUCUCGUUCGCCUGCCCGCCCGAGGCGGGCGACUCUGCAUGGCAAAUCGCCUAGCUCUAGCCCACCCCACCCUUCAAAAACUAAAUACAAAAAAACAAAAACAAAAACAAACCCUUAAGAAAAUUCCAUGUUUCCUAAUUUGCACGAAACUUCUCACAUGAUGUGCCUUGCCUUCCGAGACUAAGUAUUAUACCUGGAAACACUAUCAGCGCACAGACAGUAGCAUGCAUUGCUCGUGUAGUUAAACAGAAAACAAAACAAAAAAGAUAAAACCAUGACAUGAAAUAAAAAAUAAAAAUGGAAAAGGGAUGUAUUUCUAUUUGUAAAAAAAAAAAAAAACAAAGCAAAACAAAACAAGACUUCAACAUUAAAAAAAAGAUGCAAAUUCAUCUGCUACAAACUAGAGAGAACCAGUUCAGCAAACAGUCCCACGGUUCGGCACCCCCACGCCCACACACACAGACACACGCCUGCACACACACACACCACCCUGACCACCCAUCCGCUGCAUUUGGGGUGCGCCCUGGUGCUCUGCUCCCGCAGCCCCACCCCCCAACACAGGGGUCCCAGGGGACUCUUUUCUGAUUCCCUAUCUCAGGGGUGUGCCCUGGCCCCCCACAGCCCGGGGCAAGGGCUUUCCCGGUCUGCGUCCGCCAGCCCCACCUGCUCCCCCAUGCUCGCCCCCCCAGACCAGACCCCCCAUCCCACCUCAUGCAGGCUGGCACCCCGGCUCAGGGUCGAUUUGCUGUCCCCACCCCACACUGUGUCUUUAUUCUCCGUGUCACCCCUCCUUCUUGCCAAAGGACCCCAUUAUCACCCCACCGCACCCAGUUCCGGUCUUCCAGCAGGCACUCUGGAGGGUGCUGGUAUGCCGGGACCCAUAUAGAUAUAUGCAACUGUCUGUCCGUCCGUUUGUCCCUUUCCGUCUGACUCAGCCAUUGGCGGUCCCAGGCCACGGUUCCCAGUUCAUCUCUCUCUUCUCUCUCUCUCUCUCUCUCUCUCUCUCUCUCUCUCUCUCUCUCUCUCUCUCUCUCUCUCUCUCUCUCUCUCUCUCUCUCUUUCUCCCUUUCUCUCUCCUCUCUCCUCUCUUUCUCUCUCUCUCUUUCUCCCUUUCUCUCUCUCCUCUCCUCUCUCUCUCUCUCUCUCUCUUCCUAUACCUUUUCCCACCAAAGUUGAGAGCAGCAGUGGGGUGCCGGGAAGUGAGGGUGCAGGAGGUCUCAGCCUUGGGUCUCCCCCACCUGUCACUCCAGCUCUCUUGUGGGAAUAUGCUGAGAUCCCAGACAGGGCAGGCCCCAGGGACCGGUGAGCUCUGCUGGCAUCCUGUCCAGGGCUUUCUGGGGACUCUCCUAAGCCCCAGUAGCACAGCCAAAGUGGGAUUAGGCCCCUUCUCCAUCAUCUGGUUUGGGGUGCAGGCAGGACGUGGCAGAGGUGCAGAGAGCAGGGGCCAAGUUGGUUUGCGUCCUGCCCAGGAAGGGCCCAAUUGCCCAAUUGCUCCUGUACUUCAACUUCUCCCUGGCAGCCUCCCUGCUUCUCCCCACAACCAGAGUCUGGACCCCACCAGCCAUGGGCUUGGCAGACUGACCCUGGGCAAGUUGAGGGUGCUAGGCCCAAGGUGGAAGAUGUGGAGACUGGCCCCACCCCAGUUCUGGCUGGGUUCAGAGUAAGGCCCCCCAGCUGUAGACAAUCAGACCUAAAUGAACAGCAUGCAGGAGAGGUUCAGCCACUGCCUCCAAACAGCAGGAAAUGCAGGGACAGCCCCCCUCAAAGCCACUGGUCUUUGAGGGGCCUCAGUGUCACGUGGGUGUUACUGGGGAGCUGGUCGAGCUCGAGGUCCCAUUUCUUUUCCCUUGGGGUGCUGUGCCUCCAUCCGCUCUGCCUCAGUCUCCCCUGCACCCACCCCUUCCUUGCCCCAUGCCUGUCCCGAAGCUUGAAGGAGUGUGGGAUGCUGAGCUGGCCUGGGCAGGAGCGCCCGAGACACUGCAGCGCUUGUCCGCGAUACCAAAACCAUUUCUCAUGCCUCAGUGCCUCGCGUCUGCUGUGGCUCUGGGGGUCUCCCUGACCCCCCCUCCGGGCCCCCCUCAGGCCCCAGAAGGCAGAGAUCAGGGGCUCAGGAGAGGAAGGAAGCCAGGCCCUGCUCAGCCUCGCCCCCUCUUUCACCCCUCGGCCCCAAAGGACCCCCUGGACGGAGGCAGAAGCAACUCCCGCUCCCUCCACUCGGGAACCCCAUGUCAGCCCACCCUGACAUGCAUCAGUACAUCCAUCCCAUCCCGGGUCCUAGCCAGCCCCCCCUGAAACCAAAGCCCUUCCAGUAUAGGGGUCCUGCACUCAGUCUGCAAUGUCUUCACCUCCCAGCCCCCCAGGAGAGACCCCAGAAGGGGAAAGGAUGUUGACUGGCCAAGGGCUGGAGUCCCAACACCUCUUCUUUCUUUUCCCUCCUUUCCUCCCUGUUUUCCUUCCUUCCUUCCUUCCUUCCUUCCUUCCUUCCUUCCUUCCUUCCUUCCUUCCUUCUCUCUUUCUCUCAUUUCCUUUUUUCAGAAAAUGUUUGCUGGUGUUGCUGUUCAUUUUGUUUCCCUCCGAGAUUUUUUGAGUUUUUGUUUUCCAUUUUUUAUUUUACUGAUAUUACCAAGAUAGCAUACCGUUUCUUCGCUUCCUGCUUGCCACACACCGGACCACAGACACACACACACAAGUGCACACACAUGGAUGUGCACAAAGAUACAUGGAUAUACACACAGAUACAUGGGUGCAUACACAUACAUGGAUAUACACAGAUACAUGGCUUCACAGAGAUACAUGGGUGCGACACAGAUACAUGGAUGUGCACACACAUAGCACAUGCAAACACUCACAGACGUGCAUCAACCAGACACACCAACAUGCGCACACUACCACAGACACACAGACACAAACACCCCAUGCUUAUGAACCUGCGUCCGGAGAAGGUUGGGGUGGGCCUGCCCCCCUGCACCCGAUGUGUGGGCGGCCACCCAGGCCCGCGCCCUGCUCAGAUCAUAACCGUGUAUAUUCGCGCUCAUUUCGGUUUGCGCCGACUCCCGCCCGACUACCAUUUACAGAAUGUGAUUCUGGAUGUUAUUUUGUUUCCCUAUGCAAAAAAAAAAAAAAAAAAAGGGAAAAAAAGGGGGGGUUCCAUAAAAGUCAAUAAAAGGAAAAAAAACUGUAUAAAAAUUAAACAAGCUACGCUUCCA